AUGGACCACCCUUGUGCUCGGCCAUGUGAAGUGGACUCUGAUGUGGAGCAAAAAUGGAGAAUGUUUGAGAUUAAGCAAGAUCGUGGUGAUGUGAUCAACACAAUUAGGUCGACAUCGCCUGGUGCAAACGGUUUUUGGGGAUUACGUGAUAUAGAGAGGUGCAAACGGUUCAAAUUCUGA